AUGGCCACAGAAACCCCCACUCAGCGACUCCAGAGAGUCGAUUCUCAACCUGAGAACCCUUUUUCGGCCCUGAUUGCCGAUCAAUCCUUCGUCACGGUUCCCUCGUUCACCCUUGAGUCUGGUGUCACCCUACAUAAUGUUCCCGUGGCGUAUACGACUCGCGGCACUCUCUCGCCAAAUGGCGACAAUGCGUUGGUCAUCUGUCAUGCUCUGAGCGGUAGCGCGGAUGUCGCAGAUUGGUGGGGACCACUUCUCGGUGGCCCAGGACAAGCAUUCGAUGUCUCGCGAUUCUUUGUGGUCUGUCUCAACAGCCUUGGUAGUCCUUACGGAAGUGCCAGCGCAGUGACGUACAAGGAUGGGAACCCGGAAAACGGCCUAUACGGGCCGGAGUUCCCACUUACAACGGUUCGCGACGACGUGAAGAUUCACAAGAUGGUUCUGGAUUUCUUGGGUAUCAAACAAAUCGCAGCUGUGGUUGGUGGAUCAAUGGGCGGCAUGCUCACACUCGAAUAUGCAUACUUUGGCAAGGACUAUGUCCGGGCCAUCGUUCCCAUCGCUACGUCGGCCCGCCACUCCGCAUGGUGUAUCAGCUGGGGUGAGGCACAGCGCCAGAGCAUCUACAGCGACCCCAAGUAUGAGAAUGGAUUUUAUCCAUUUGAUGAUCCCCCAGCUACUGGUCUUGGAGCUGCUCGGAUGUCGGCCCUACUGACCUACCGAAGCCGUAACUCCUUCGAGUCGCGCUUCGGAAGAAACGUUCCGGAUCCAUCAAAGCGUCAGAACAUCAACGGCACUGAGAGGCUGCCCACCCCUCCGAACGAGCACUGGGCUAUCCACAAUGACGGCCACAAAGGCAACUGGAGCCCAAGCGGUCGCAGCUCUCCCGCUUUGGAGAAGACCGAGGUGCAAUACAUGGACCCGCAAUUUUCUGGGACAAAGACGUUCAGCAAGACCAUUGCGACGCACGAUGCGGGCAAUACGAAGCGGCCCCCGACAUAUUUCUCGGCCCAGUCCUACCUCCGUUACCAAGGAGAGAAGUUUGUGAAACGGUUCGACGCAAACUGUUACAUUGCGAUUACUCGCAAGCUCGAUACACAUGACGUUUCUCGCCAGCGGGCCAGUCCCACGUCGGAGAAUCCCGUGCGCGAAGCACUCGGCCAGAUUGAGCAACCUACGUUGGUGCUUGGAAUCGAAAGUGAUGGUCUCUUCACGUUCGAGGAACAGAAGGAAAUCGCUGAAGGCAUCCCUGACUCGCGGCUCAAGCGUAUUGAAAGCCCGGAGGGUCACGACGCCUUCCUUCUUCAAUUCGAGCAGGUCAACAAAUACAUCCUCGAGUUCUUCCGCGAGGUCCUACCCGACAUCAUGUCCAAGUCUCCUGCCGAUGGCGCCGCAGUUGACGGCGUUGGCAAAAUCACCAAGAGCAGCACCUUUGGCGAAGCCGAGGUCGAAGAUAUCACCGCUUGGUAA